CGUUCGAUGUCAGCACAUCCACUCCAGCCACCGAGGCAAACUCUUCUACAAGCUUAGCAGCCGGCAAGCCCUUCGACUUCCUCUUCAACAUGUGCAAUCUGGUAGCGGUCUUCCUUGUCGCGGCUCUGUCCACCGUGUCGGCAGCGCCGUCCUGGGCUCCCGGAGCUGCCCUAGCCGGGCCAAUCCUGGGGCCCGCCGCUCUCAGCGGACCCAUCGUUGGACCCUCCGCCUUGGCGGGCCCGGCCGUCGGACCUGCUCGCAUUUCCGGUGCGGUAGAUGGCGGCGCUGUGGUCACCGGAGCCGUUGCAGGACCUUCUCUAGUUUCCGGCAGCGUUGCUGGUGCUUCUUGGGGAGCUCCCUGGGCUGCUGCUGCACCAUGGGGCGCUCCAUGGGGAGCCGUUUUGGCCGGACCUGCGUCACUUCCAGCGGCACUUUCCGGACCCGUGGCCGCCCCAGCUCUGAUUGCUGGGCCAUCUGGUAGUAUAGCGGCCGGACCGGCUGGCGUAGGAGGAAUCGUUAGCGGUGGCGGACAUUGGUAAUCACCCAGAACGGACAAUCAUCCGACAUCUUCGACUGAUCUCCCCUGAUGCCCGCAACUUUGAAACCGACCGUGCCACGAUCUCCGUCAUACACCGCUAGUACCUCCCAUCACACUGUAUCUUUUACAUGUAUUCCGUGUACAUAACAAUACCUCAUAUGCGUUGAUAUGUUAUAAUAAAAGCAUGCAAUUUCGGAGAGGAAUCUCAUUAGUCGUUUGUCUUUAAGCCGUCAGAGUAUUUAAUCUUCGCUGGUUUAGUCUGAGCAAUACAUCAAAACCUUUUUUUAUAUGAAUGUACACAGUAGAUGCAAAUAAAUGACAGCAUGUGUUCUUAUACAUA